AUGAGUCACGUGGUAUAUGAUGGUGCAAUGGAUGCAGAGAAAACUAUGCUGAGGAGGCUGUCUGAACAGAGGAAUCAAGAUGAUGUCUUUAUGGUCACAAAUGAAGGUUCUAUUGUCGAUAAUGAUACAUUGAAUAAUGUUUCAACGGAAGAAGAAAUUCCUGUAACCACAAAUGGCACAAACGAUGCCACAACUACCCAAGACGAGACACAACAGAAUGAAACAAUUAAACAUGUUCUUAGAUCCAGUAGGAAAAGAAAAAGGGACCCGGAGAAUUGGAAACGAAAUAUACGAAAGAGACGGUGUGAACAUGGACAGGAAUACAUUAACAGCAAGGGAAUUAAGAAACCAGAACGCAAAAUUAAGACAACAAAAGACUGUGAAGGAAAAUGGAAUUCUGGGAUCUAUCCUAUGCAGAAAAAACGUUUUCUGUUCAAGGACAACAGAGAAAAACGCAAAGGAACGGACAAGAUCAAAAACAAAUACAACAAGAAGAAAUUUCAGCUACAGGUAUUAUCUGGAAAGGAGAUAAGAGAAUCCGUGUCUGUAAAGAAUUUUAUUUGGCUACACUUGAUAAAAAAUUACAAUGCGAUGUGGCAUGAAGGGAUCGCAGGGAGAGGAGGCAAUGAAAUAGCCAGUGCUUUAGUUGCUAUUCUGGAUUUACGAGCUGAUCAUUUCUACAAUUACCACAAGAGCACAAAUUGCCUCAAUUUCUCAGCCAUUCCAUUCACAAAGCUAAAGGCAUUAAAACUCUCUAGGAGGCCGUUCCAUGUGGAAUGCAAAACGUCAUUUACCGAGGCAUUCAUUGAAAAGGAUAUCACAGCAAAAGCAACCAGGGGUAGAAAAAGGAGUUUGGUACGGCAACUACCAGAGGUUGUUAGGUUGGGCAAUAAAACUGUACUUUCAAAUGAGAAAAAAGCAGACCUCAAAAUCAUCGAAAUGAUUACCCCGCUGGUUAUUCUGCUCGCCUUAGGAACAAUAUAUGGACUAGACAACGGUCUUGCCAGGACGCCUCCUAUGGGUUGGUUGUCAUGGCAACGGUUUCGCUGCAAUACAGAUUGUGAAAACGAUCCAGAAAAUUGUAUCAGUGAGCAGCUUUACAAGGAAAUGGCCGACAGACUUGUUGCCGACGGGUACGCGGCCCUAGGUUAUCAAUACAUCAAUAUUGACGACUGUUGGUUAGCUAAGGAACGUGAUGCUGAAGGUCGUCUGCAGGCUGACCCACACAGAUUUCCGAGUGGAAUAAAGGCUCUUGCCGACUAUAUGCAUAAUAAGUCGCUGAAACUUGGAAUCUACGAGGAUUUUGGGAUAAAAACAUGCGCUGGAUUCCCAGGAAGUGAGUUCUAUAUGCAGUUAGAUGCAGAUACUUUUGCCUCGUGGGGCGUGGAUAGUCUAAAGUUUGACGGUUGUAAUUCAGCAAGAUCGGACGUCCCUAUAGGUUAUCCAAUAAUGCGGAAGUUCCUUAACUUGACCGGAAGGCCAAUUUUGUAUACGUGUGAGUGGCCAUUACAACUUCAGCAUCCUGACUACGAGGCAGUCGCCGAGAACUGUAACGUCUUCAGGAAUUACGAUGACAUCCAAGACUCGUGGGACAGCAUCACAUCAACAAUCAAGUUUUACGGUGACGAUAAGUACAACUUCAGUGGUGUCGCCGGACCCGGGAACUUUAAUGACCCCGACGAGCUUGUCAUUGGAGAUUUUGGGUUGAGUGUGUAUCAAGAACGGGUUCAGAUGGCCAUGUGGGCAAUGUUCGCUGCGCCUCUCUUCAUGUCGAACGACCUCAGGAAUAUCCGACCGGAAUCAAAAGCCUUGCUGCAAAACAAGGGCGUCAUCUCAGUUAACCAAGACCCCCUGGGCAUUCAGGGCAGACUAGUCUUCUCGACGGGAACUAUUCAAGUAUGGAUUAAACCAAUGGCACCAAUAGGAAACAGGUCUGCGUUUGCAUUACUGAAUCUUGCCAACGGUGGUUCAGUAUCUAAGGUUUCAGUGAAAGGAGCUCGGCUGGGUUUACUGGACAGUCGGGGUUACAACAUCACUGACGCGUUCACAGGAGACUUUGUAGCCGCAGUAAAGCCAAACACAGGUCUUACGGUCAAAGUAAAUCCUUCUGACGUAUUCCUCGGAAUAGCCAAUCUACUGGUAUAA